GAAUUUAGCACAUCCAAACCACCAAAGCACAGAAUGGCAGAUAGAUUAACUCAACUCCAAGAUGCUGUUAAUCAGCUUGCAGACCAUUUCUGUAACAGUGUGGGAGUGUUACAGCAGUGCUCACCUCCCAGUAAAUUCGAUGGCUUUGAUAAACAACCAGGAAAAUCUCCAUCAGAAAUCCAACAAGAGGAUUAUGCAUUAACAUUUGCCAAACUAAUAGCAAGAACAGCAAAGGACACAGACACAUUAAUCGACUCCCUACCAAGUGAAGAGUCCUCCCUCAAAGUGCAGUUGGAGAGUUUGAGGCGUUUAGAGGCUGAAAAUCAAGAGGAAGCCCGACAGCUGGAGGAAGUGGUCAGCAGUGGCCAGGAUUUACUGGACCGUAUCCAGGAGGCCCUCAAGGAUAUUGCUCACUGCCAGCUUCGGUGUCAGGCCAUGGAGACAGACACCUGACACUGCUGUCACACUGUCUGUAGUGAUGGUGUCAUUUCUAUACAGUGUUGUAUUAGUACAUGAUGAUUGUGAGGUUUGGGGGGUUGUGUAGAAAGAUUGCAUGAUUCAGGUGAAGACACCUGAAGAUGUGGUGAAACACCUGAAGAUGUGGUCAGAGAACUGGAAAUGUGUCCAAACAACCGAAGAUGUUAUCAGCCGUGAGGAGUGUGUGUUGGUUGUGAAGCAUUCUGAAAGACAUAUAAAACUAUUGAUGUUUGAUUAUAUGACGUGUGGUCUCUGUAAAUAUUAAAAUGAAUACAUUGUAUUCUAUUUGUAAAUUUUAAUUGAGAGCUACCGAGUGAGCAUUAUUAAAGCUUAUUCGUCAUUAACAA